UUCUCGUGGCCAGGACAGAAACUGCCUUUCCUGCUCCUCCAGCCCAUCAGCAAGAGUGGACAUUUUUCUGAGUCACCAUGGGCAAGAUGGACAACCCCUCCGUGGAGCUGAGCUCUCCCUCUGAAGUGAAGCAGGCAGCUCUGGAGGAGCCAGAGCCCAUCAGCCCCGAGGUGGUGAGCACCCAGAAGAAGAAGAAGAAGGAGAUCCCAGACAGAGGUUCUUGGAAGGGGAAAUUUGACUUCUUGCUGUCCUGUGUGGGCUAUGCUAUCGGUCUGGGCAACGUCUGGCGCUUCCCUUAUCUCUGUGGCAAAAAUGGAGGAGGGGCCUUCCUCAUCCCCUAUUUCCUGACACUGGUGUUUGCUGGGAUUCCUCUCUUCCUGCUGGAAACUGCUCUGGGCCAGUAUACCUCUAUUGGUGGACUGGGAGUCUGGAGAUUAGCACCCAUGUUCAAAGGCGUGGGACUGGCAGCCAUGGUUCUGUCCUUCUGGCUGAACAUCUACUACAUUGUCAUCAUUGCCUGGGCCCUCUACUAUCUCUUCAACUCUUUCACUGCGGACCUGCCGUGGCAGAGCUGUGGGAACCCCUGGAACACAGACCGCUGCUUCUCCAACUACUCCCUGAACGACACCACCAACCUCACCAGCGCCGUCACCGAGUUCUGGGAGAGGAACAUGCACCAGAUGUCCGGAGGCCUGGGGGAGCCUGGCGCCGUCCGCUGGCCCCUGGCUGGCACGCUGGCCCUGGCCUGGCUGCUGGUCUACUUCUCCAUCUGGAAGGGUGUGGAGUGGACAGGCAAGGUGGUGUAUUUCUCAGCCACCUACCCCUACUUCAUGCUUUUCAUCCUCCUGUUCCGGGGAGUCACGCUGCCAGGAGCCAAGGAGGGGAUCCUCUUCUACCUCACACCUGACUUCAGGAAGCUCUCUGACUCUGAGGUCUGGAUGGAUGCAGCCACUCAGAUCUUCUUCUCCUACGGCCUGGGGCUGGGCUCCCUCAUUGCUCUGGGCAGCUACAACACUUUCCACAACAACGUCUACAGAGACUCCAUUAUUGUCUGUUGUAUAAACUCCACCACAAGCAUAUUUGCUGGAUUUGUUAUUUUCUCUAUCAUUGGCUUCAUGUCACACAUCACAAAGAAGUCGGUGUCAGAGCUGGCCUCCUCAGGCCCUGGACUGGCUUUCCUCGCCUACCCGCAGGUUGUCACACAGCUGCCCUUGUCCCCACUGUGGUCAAUCCUCUUCUUCUCCAUGCUGAUGAUGCUGGGUCUGGACAGUCAGUUCUGCACUGUGGAAGGGUUCAUUACAGCCCUGAUGGAUGAAUAUCCUCAAGUCCUAAGAGCCAGGAAGAAGAUCUUCAUUGCAGUAGUCUGCUUCAUCUCUUAUCUCAUUGGAUUCUCCAACAUCACCCAGGGUGGUAUUUAUGUCUUCAAGCUGUUUGAUUACUACUCAGCCAGUGGCAUGUGUCUUCUUUUUCUUGUCUUCUUUGAGACCAUCUCAAUUUCUUGGUGUUAUGGUGUGAACAGGUUUUACAGGAACAUUGAAGAAAUGAUUGGCUACCAGCCUUGCAUCUGGUGGAAGAUCUGCUGGGCCUUCUUCACACCUCUUGUCUGCCUGGGUGUGUUCUUCUUUAGUGUGGUGGAAAUGACCCCUCUGACACUGGGAAAAUACGUCUAUCCUGUGUGGGGACAAGGCAUCGGUUGGCUCAUGGCCCUGUCCUCCAUGUUUCUGAUUCCAGGGUACAUGCUCUACUCUUUCUUCACCUCAACAGGGACUCUCCGGCAGCGUUUGCAGCAGAUGACACAGCCCAGGCCAGAGGUGCACGCUCAGAACAAUGGCCUCCAGCCGAAGACGUCCUUGAACGGGAGGAUCUCGGAUGCUGCCGUGUAGGAGGAGAGCCAAACUCCUCACUCCACCCUGUAGUUGCUCACUCCACAUUGUCCCUCGAGCUCCUCUGGCACAGCUUGCUGUCCCUGGCUCUGUGGUGGCUUUCGUUUGUCCAAGAGAGGACCUGGUGGAGGAACCUGCUCGUGGCACUUCCUCCUGGCAUGACUGACCAAGGCCCUGAACAAGCUGCUGCCAGGGCAUCGUGUGGUGGCCACCUUCAUCCUGCAACAUCCUGGUCCAGGCCCUCAGGGAGGAGCAGCUGGCACCCACGUCUUCCUCCUCCUGAGGAGAGGUGGUGUCUCUAGAGAGCUUAGACUGAUUGUUAUCCACUUCUCUGUUUUUCUUGCCUUUCCAUGUGAAACUCCACCGAGCAUCCCCCAGCACACAGCUGUGUUUCACCCCAGAGAGAUUGCUAUCACUAGGUUCAAAUCCCAGAUGGCUGUUGAUUGAUGGAGCAUAAAACACCAGCAGAUACAUAACUGGAGGGGAUGUGCAGCACAAAGGCUUCUAGAGCAGAACAAGGGAUUCUAGUGAAAAGUCCUGCCUGUUGGUAGCUGUAGGACAUCCCCCCACACCUGGAGAAGGGCUUGGGGACAGUGUGUGCUGCUCACAGUGCCAUGUUUCUUCCCUGCACAGUCUCCAGACAUGUUUGCUGCAUCCAUUGUGAGCCAGAGCCCAGCAGAACAGUCAACCUUUCUUUUCUGGAGCAUCCUACCCUCUCUAUCUGUGUGCAGUAGCCUCUCCCUGACUCUAAAAACAGCUAAAAGUGUAAAUGGAGAGCUCUUUGCCUCAGGCUGUUCAAGUCUCCCACACUGACCACAACAAGCUUCAUGCAGAGGCAAAGCUGUGUGAUAGAGAUUUUCCAGCACUGUGAAAAUCUCCACCCAAGAUAAAACAGGGUAGUUGCUGCCAACCACCUUCCCUGGCUGUGUCCCUGGAUGGGAAACAAUCAGAUGGAGUGAGAUGUCCUUGGGUGGUUCAGUUCAUACCUUUCUCAGGAAGUGGCCACUCCUAAAUCUCAGGUGGCAGAAGGCAAGAAUUCCUGAGGCAGUUGGCAGGGUGCAACCACCAUCCUUAAACCCACAGUGCUGAUUUCCCUUGGGACCUGCCUGUUCAGCCAGAUCCCAGCCACAUCCCAGCUCCCAGCACAUAAACCACAGAGGGCUGUGAGCUCUUGUAGAUGGUGCUGGAGGAGUGUAACACCUUGGAGAAGGCUGCAAAGUGUUUCAGAGCCAUCCUAAAAGAGCAGCAUAUUUCUCAGUAGUAAAGCUUUGUGGAAGGAGGUGGCUUAUCAUAGCACCACGUGUAGGUGUGACAGUGAUGCUCUCAGUUGUGCCAGCCUCCCAGUGACCUCACUCAGAGAUUUCUUGUACACAAAGUGUUUGGUGAGCACACAUACUGUGACUUAGUGCUGAUUAGUCUCUCCCCUCCCUUGUCACAGCAUUGCCAGGUCUGCUGACACUCCCAGCCUUAGAUCAGAAUCAACAAACUCAUAAAAGAGUAUUCAAGAAAAGCCCCACCCAUCUUUCCUACCAAAGAGUCUGGUCUCAGAAGUGACACACUGCAGUCCCCCAGGUGUUCUACUGCCUGCGGGUGACAGAUGAGGGAUGAGCCUUUGCACAAUUGUUUUGCUCUCCAACAGUAACUUCAAAAUGCUGAAGGUUGGCCCUGUGCUACUUGUCCCUGUGACUCACCAGAGCAUGGAGCCAACCUACUCUGCUGCCAAUCUUCCAGCCUGUGGAUCAGUAACAGAAAGAAGAAAGAAGUUUUCUGGUGAAAGCUAAAGUCAGACUCCUUUGGGAGUGGGUCCCCUGCCAACUCGUGGGUGCAUCUUGGUUAAUGUUGCUUCAGAUGUGUAACCAAUCUGUAUUUGUAUACAUGAUCCUCAGCAGUUAUGGCUGCUGGGCUCUAAGUGCAUGUUUUGUGGUCUCCAACACCCCGAGCUGAGAUCACACCCUGUCCCACCUGUAAUUGUUACGGUGUUUGUGUCAAAAAAAUUGCAGCUGUUAAAUAGACAUGAGGAAAUGCUGUAUUUAUAGGCUUAGUCUUGUAAAGCCAAAAGCCAAACACUGAAAGCUACAAUCAUAGCUCAUCACUAUUAAUCUCAGCCAGUUACAGACAUGUCAUCUUUCCUUGUCCUUUAAUUGUCUGUGCCACUGUAGCUGAACAUUUCUAUUCCAAUUUCACCUAUUUUUAUGAACCAGGGCACUAAGGAAACCACUCUUUAUAAACAUGCAUGUUCUUAGAGAGAGACAUCUGUGCACAAAAAAUGUGUUUAAACUCUAACUUUGCAGUAAUUACCCUUGCUAGAGAGCUGCUUUUGCCUGUGCAUCCAGGUCCCAAAACCUCCCUUUCCUCAAAUGCAGACUGAGGGUUGCACAGGUGGGUGAUGGGCAAUGGACUCAGUUUUUGAGUGAGGCCAUAAAACCAUGGAAGACUUUGUUUCUUCCAACUUCAUUGGGACAGCUCAGGUCUGAGGAAGAACAAAUCACUGUAAGUGGUAAUAUUUUUGUCUCUUAGCCAAAGAGCUUGACUACUGACAGAGCUGUUCAAAGGUUGUUUCUUCCAGGGGAGUAGAGAAGGAAAGGUCCAGAAAUCAAAAUUCUUUCCCUGGUUGCUGAAGAAAUCUCUAAACCCCCAAUUCCUGCUUGCUGGGAUUUUAGCCCUAGCAUCUCUCUGACCUGUGGACUUGCCUGUGGCACAUUGUUCCAGAUGUAGCAGCAGGGGCUGCUCAUAAUAACAAUAUUUGAUGAGUUUUAACCAUGUGCUCAGUUUUCUGCUUGUGACAUUCUCCUUUGCUUUCUCCUGCCCUGCUCCUUUUUGUUCUCUUGCCUCAGUCCUUCUCUGCUAUCAUUUGUCCAGUGGAAAUUACCCACCUCAGCUUUCUUCCUCCUGCUUUCUUAGUUACACUAGUGUAAAAUUGCAACUCUCCCUCCUUUCUCUUCUCCUUUCUCUUCUCCUUUCUAGUCUUUCUUCAUUUCUAUCUCUUUCUAUUAUCACCAGCCUUUCUUCCCUGUUUCUUCCAUGUGCUUUUCCAGCUUAGAACUCCUUCCUGCAUGCCUGUGGCUUAGCCUCUCACUGUGUGCAUGCUCAACACUUCUGCCUACUGAAAGCUGGAGCUCAGGAUCCCGCAGAGGACCCCAGCUUUUCACAGGAUCCAGUCCCUAAGAACCAAUUUCCAUCAUAAUAUCCAAAGUAUAAUGAAGUUCCAGGUAUUUCUCUUCCUCUUUGCACCAGAAAAUGCUGUGCCAAGGAAUACGAUCUCCUGUUUUUUCUAGAAAGACAUUUCAACCCACAUUCCACCAGUGUGCACAGAGCUGUGCCUGUUCUGAAAGGUUUUGUGGCCUUUCCUGGUUUUGCACUAUGUUAUUUCCACCAUGAAUGUUUGGAUCUGUGAAGUCUGGUGUGCAUAACCUUGCAGGUAGGAAUUUGCCCUUAGUCAAGCUCUGUCUGAUGGACUGAUCCCCUUCUCCAGCAUUUCAAACUCAUCCCAUCUUUAGUGCUAGAAGAGCCUUCCCACCUCCACACACAGGUUUUCCAUCUAGUGAGAAGUCAGGGGUGUUGAUGGACCCCCUUUAGCUCACCCCACACCUCUGAAAUGCCACAUGUGUCUGUCAAAGCAGCAUAUCUGUUCAUUGACUGUAAGAACUGCUUUUGCCCUCUUCCCAGGAUGCACCACAUCUGCUGACCACCCCUCUGCUCCUCAUUCCUUCUGACUCACCCAGAACAGAGAAUACAUAGCCAGGGUGUGGAUUGCUCCCCUCUCCUCACUGCUGGAGUUCAGAUGGGGACUGUUCUCCCCUGUGCUCACCUACAGCACUCCUGCCUUUUCUCUGUCCCCUCACCUCCCCCUCACCAUAGGCAUCUGCUUGAAAUAAUCCUUUAUGAAAUCUCUUAAUUCUAAGAAGCUAUUUAGGGACCUGUGUUCAAAUCCCUCUGAAAUCCUCUUUUUCCUGAGGCCUGCAAAAUAUAAAAUAAAUGCCACUGCCCCCAUCUUCUGCUGCAGCAGGGGGUGACAUGGGCCAUGGGAAAAGCAGGAUUGUUCUGCUGCUCAAGAGCUGCUUCCCCUGGAGACCCAGGUGUGAUCCUCUCCCCUGGGACAGGGGAGCUCUUCCUGCUGCUGUUCUAGCACAUGUGCUCCAACAGCUGGCAGCUGGUUAUAAAACACUUGUGCCAUGUCCAUGGCAGAAUAUGGUGCUGUGUGGCACUGGAAGGCUUUGGCUGGGCAGCCACUCUGCAGCUUUUAGUCUCUCCACAGUUCUAUUAAAUGGUGUGUUGAGAGGAGUUGUGUUGUGCAUCAGGGGUGCCCUUAAAGCUGGUGCCAUUCUGGAUGAGCAAUUUGUCCUUAUGCAUUGCCACUUCCAGGGGGCUUCUCUCAGGACUGGAGGAUCCUGCUUGCAUUUGGUGGUGGUGGCCAAAUGGGGAAGGGUCUGCAUCACUGAUGGGAUGUAUCCACUGUGGUUUGGCUUGUGCUGAGGGCUACCAGCUCUCACCAAGCACUGCCUGCCUUCCUCAGCAGCUGAGACCACGAGGAGCAGUGCUCAGCUCUGGG